AUGGAAGUAGAAGCAAAUACUAGUUUACAAAAUCAAAUUAUAGAAUUAAAAGCAGAAUUAGAAAAGAUUACUAGACCAUCAAAUCAACAUAUUAAAGUAGUAUUGUUAACAUUAUCAAUUAUAACAUAUUGUUAUGCUCAUGUUUUAAUGUUAAUUAAAAGGGCUGAUUAUAGAAGUAAUAUGAAAAGUAAUAGCGGUGAUAAUAGUGGAAGUAACAAUGGAAGUAGUAGUGGCAUAUUAAAAAAUAAAUUUGAAAGAAAAGUUUUCAAAAAAAUUUUAACCUAUGUUUUAGUAUUUCUUAUACAAUACAUUCCUUGCUUGGUUUAUGAAGUAGUAACUGUUAUGAAUCCUGGAAAGCAAGAAAAUGGAAUUGUAGCCCUAAUUGCUCUAACAGCAUUCAAUUUAGGUGCAGUUGGCAAUUUCUUUCAAUACAUAACGAAUGAAGGGUUUUCAUUGAAAAGGAGUUUAAGUUCUGUUUCAAAUAAUGAAUCUAUUCCUUCUCGAGAAGAUGAAAUAGAAUUAAAUAAUAAAACUGAUAUUAUUGAAGGUUUUCUUUAA